AUGCAAAAAGUAUCAGUAAGUAAUGAAACUACUGAAGAUUUGAGUGGCGAUUUGCAACUUCAGUUUCCUGAAGAGAUAAGGGUUUUGAUUAUUGUACUUGUAGUGUUACUUAUAUUUUUGACAGUUUUUGGCAACAUGAUAAUUAUGUUUGCUUUCAUUGUGGACAAAAGACUUAGAACACAAAGUAACUUCUUUCUACUUAAUCUUGCAAUUUGUGAUUUUUUCAUAGGUGCAGUAGCCAUUCCAUUAUAUUUGCCAUACAUGACGACUGGAAAGUGGAUAUUUGGAAGAUUUCUCUGCAAGCUGUGGCUAGUUGUUGAUUAUACAAUGUGCACAGCAUCUGCAUUUAAUGUUGCCCUUAUUAGCUAUGACAGAUUUCUUUGUGUCACUAUGGCUGUUCUUUAUCGUUCAUUACAGAAAAAACACAGCCAGACUGUAUUAAAGAUGAUUAUAGUCUGGAUACUAUCAUUCUUACUGUAUAGCCCAGCCAUUCUAUUAUGGGAAACUAUUGUUGGUAAAUAUAGUCCAGAUAGUGUUUGUGUUGCUGGAUUUUACUACACGUGGUAUUUCCUACUCGGAGCUUCAUCAAUAGGGUUUGCCCUUCCACUGUUGAGCAUUUCCUUUUUUAAUCUAAGCAUCUAUUGGAAUAUUAAAAAACGUAGUCGAAAUAGAAGACAGUCUUCCAAUCAGAGUAAUUCAGAAGAAAAACUGACAAAAUUGAGGCCCUAUGUCAUAGCAACUAAAUCAUUUCUUGCAUCUUCAGAUGGAGAAGAACAGACCAGAUCAUCUGUGAGGAUGAGAGUUAAGAUUUGUUUUCAUGGUAGAAAAAACAUUGGUAGAAACAUUUUGAUCUCCUAUACUACAGCUAAUGGUGACCAACAUAAUGAUAUUCAUAUCAUUAAACUCUCCAAAGACAAAAAAGUUGCCAAAUCUCUUGCCAUACUGGUUUUAGUUUUUGCCUUUUGCUGGGCUCCAUACACAUUUCUAAUGAGCAUCCGUGCUGCAUGCCAAGGAUAUUGUGUUGGUUCAUAUUGGUAUGAUGUAACAUUUUGGCUUUUAUGGAUCAAUUCAGCAAUAAACCCUUUUCUUUAUCCUUUAUGCCACAAAAGCUUUAGAAAGGCUUUCAUAAAAGUAUUUUUACAAAUAGGUUUACAGAAGUAUACUGCUUAA